AUAGCACUGUUACUGUCGCAGGCGGCUUUUGACAGCAGGCUGUCACAGCCAGAAAUGAACUCGGCGUUUAGACUCAGACCUACCGAUGUUUUAGAGAUACACCUGAAAACCUGUGUGUGUGGUGAUACACGUAAAAUGACAAGUACUACAGGGAUCUAUUAUUCCAAAGACUGAAAGGAACAGUUUGCGUCAACUUUAAAAAUGGAUACCUUAGAUGAGUCACUGAAGCAACUACUAACGUGACAAAAAGAUAGUUCGAUACCAGACCCAGCUAUUUCCUUUUGUUAAAGAUCUCUACCAAAAUCAGCCAUUACAUUUGUUGAAGGUCUGUAGGAAAAACGGAUAUUUUAACUGUGCAUCAGUAAUAUAGAACAAGCAUCAUGCCGAAAGCUACCGGACUCCAGUUCUACAGGAAACGACAGAACCUCGACUGUCUGGCUCUUGAACGCCCUCAGAAUCUCUCGGCUGUUUACGUAAUCGUCAAGGACAGCAUCCAGGGGAUCGAGAUGCGGCUGCAGAUGCUGGUCACGUCGUUUUACGGACAGGGCAAGACGAUCGACGACGAGGUGAAGAAGUACCUCCCGUCCAUUGAGGCGGUCAUCAAACCCGCGCGCUACUCCAGCCUCGUGUCGCGCGCUCAGAUAGAGGACAUCUCCGCCAGACACAACGACUCGACGGACAAGCUGAGGAUCGACAUCCAGUGCUUUGCUGUUCUUCAGGACUGCCUCAUCAAGACGAUAUCCACGCUGCGGCUCGGAUUCGCGGAUCUCAUCAACAUCGUGGACAAGCUACUCAUCUACAUGCACAAGUAUCUACUGAGCUUCAGCCCCGUGGAAGGAGAUCAGUACCUGGAGACGGCGAUCAACUACGAGAAGCAGAGACGGGAGCUGGAGGUCGCCAUCAAACAGAGCACAAAGAACAUCACCGACAUGGCAGACAACUUUGAAGGCGAGGGACUCACCAUCGACAUGAUGGAUUUCGAAGUCAAGCAGAUGGCCGAGAGGUGCGACUGUCUGCAUGCGUCACUUUUGGUUGCCUUUCCUCAGGCGUGCACCGACAUGCGCAGAGCGUGCAAGGGACUCUCGUCCUGGCUGGAGGCGGAUGAAUACUACACCACGUACCUGCAGUACGAUAUAGACAAUCUGGAGAAGAAACGCGAGCUGCAGGCUAAGAAAGCUCGAGAGCUGCAGUUGAAGUCAUGCAACGUGGAAUACAGGCUGAAAUCGGUGAAGAAGGAUUACGAGGAGUACAGCGAGGAGUUAUCGCGCCUGGACCAGAAGGAGCAGACGUUGGUCAACAACGAGAGUCUCGUGCAGGUAGCGCACCACGACCUCCUGUUCGACCUGGAGAUCAAGGAGUACCGGAUGGCCGAGAUGCGGCGCCACGUUCACAAGAACUCGUCCAGGGAGUUCAACGAGUCCUACGAGCGUCUCGUCAGCGAGAUCAACGUUUUGAAGGAGAAGAAGCCGACGAUCGACCGCAAGCUCGAGGACAUACGGAAGAAGACGAGCUGGAUCAGGGAGAAGCGAGAGAGAGGACAGGAGAAGCUGGAGCAGAUGGAGGCGCUGAAGACAGAACUGAAGCACUGUAAGAAGUCCGCCAGGAAGGCCGAGGUCGAGCUGGAGAGACUGGACGGGUGUCUGGCCAGGCUCAAGGACAUCCACCGCAUGAAGUCGUGUCCAGAGGUGCUCAAAAAGAUCUUUCACAACCUCCCGUUCACGCCGCGGCCGUCACACAUGCGGAAGAAAACAGACAUUCUACAGAAGGCGUUGCGGCUGAUCGCCAACCACAUCGACGGGGACUGGAUGAAGUUGUACCGGGAGCUGCCGUUCUACCCGCCGCGCGGCCAGGAGACGAUCAACGUCGACAUCGACGACAUCGCCACCACGUACAUGCGGCACACGGCCGAGGAGCAGGCCCGGCAGUGUCUGGCGCGCUGGAGACGCAUGCACACACGCGCCACCCUCGACGACAUCAGGACCGCCCUCAUAGCCAUACACAGGAAGGAUCUCGUGGACCGGCUCGAGGAGAGACUCCCACCCGCCAGGAGGUGCCAGACGGAACCCAAGCAAUUCAGAACUGUGCAUUUUCCAAAACUGAUAGUCUAGGGAUUAUGUGGGGGUUUUGAAAAUGGUAAUUUAUUAAAAAUGUGCUUGUGCUUGUUCGGUUUUAAACAAAAAGGAAAAAAGAAGAAACUUGACUAGUCUGGUUAAAAAUUAAAUGUCCCUUUUAUUUCAGUUUGUUUACCAAUUGCACUGUUCCAUUUUCAAGAAAUUGGCUCAUAUGUCCUUUUGUCUUUGGUCAGCUCUCUUAUAUUAUUUUAUACUAAACUACACUAUACUACACUAUACUGUAUUAUAGUAUUUCCCAGAGUCCAUCGUUACUUAGUGUAGUCUGUCGGUCAAAUCUGAAUCACAAAACCAUUGGUAUUUUCAAAAGCAUAUACAUGCACAAUACAGUCAAAAGGACGUUUUGACAAUACUAUGACUGCUCCUUUGAGUGACCGUCAGAUUUCGUUAGUAGGACUGCCACUUUCCAGGACAUAAAAGGUCUUCUUUUGUCUCGUCCAGAACACUCUGUUUAUUGCAAAUAAUGUUAAAAGUAAAACAAUAAACAAUUAUUCUUAUUCGUGA